UGGAGUCACCAUGGCCUGGUCCUCCAUCCUGAAGAGACUCCUCCCAGUCUUUGUCUUUGCUAUCUUAGCUGUCAGCUCUGUGGAGAGUUACACGUGUGUAGUCUCUGCAUGCAAUGAGGAAACAUGUCCUGGUCCUACAACUUCUUGUACAGCCACUAAAGGCUGCUUCAGUCGAAUGAUGAAAUCUGAAACACCAUCUACUCUUUCAGACCUGAUGCUUAAUCAAAAAGGGUGUACUAGCGAUGCAGACACAUGUAGUAACCUGGAAUUCUCAGCAACGCUGGGGGAUCAGCGGACAUUUAGAUAUAAGAACCGUUGCUGCACGACAGGGCAGUGCAACAAAGAGAACAUAACAGUGCCUUCACCAUCUUCAGAACCCAAUGGUGUUCGGUGUGCUGCCUGCUACAGUGAGAAAGGCAAAUCAUGCAAAGUAAAUGCUACCAUAGUGUGCACAGGAAAUGAGAAGAAGUGUGUGGAGGUUACCGGCACAGCAGUGGCAACUUCUACUUUUUUGCUGUAUGGGAAAGGCUGUGCAACUGAAAAUGCCUGCGAUAUGAAUACGACCGUCUUUGAUGGCAUAAAUAUCCACGCCAAAUGCAUCCCACCGGAUGGGAGCCCUGCCCUCAAGUCCAUCUCAUCACUUCCAGUUGUUCUUCUCCUGCUGAAAGUCUUGCUUUGAUCAUCCAGGCACUGGCAAUCCCACAAUCCUAUGCACACAGACCCGCUGCUGUAAUUGGAUGGCUAUGUCCAAAACAUGGGACAAAUAAAAACUGAUGAUUGCUUCUCUGUUCUUCAUGUGAAAACUUAAGUCCAUUUCUUCUUGCAAUGUCAGGAAACACGCGGAGGUGACUAUUUCAACA